UACCGUCGAAUAAGUGAGCUGAAUUCGAGGUUGGAAAUAUUGGUGGAAUUUAUUGUGUACUUGUUUGUAACUACUUGUAUUGUUCAACUGAAGAAGAUUUGAUACUGACUAUUUAACGUUAUUAAUAAAUAUGUUAUGAACACCUAUUUUUAUUUUAUCGAGUACCUAUCCUAACAAAGUAAGCCAGUUACAAAAUAAAUUUUUCAUAUAUUCAGUACCUAGGACAGCUCUCGAUAAUAGCAGAAUAUAUUUCAGUAGAAGAAGAAUAAUGAUUUGCAUUCAUGAGAAAUAUUGAACACUGCAGCUUAGAUUCACGAAAAAUUAGGAAUUCUUUCAUUCCAGUUGAGUGCAUAAGGUUGUAUUCACUGACCAUAAGAAAUUCAAGGAUACGGUCUUUUCUCAAUGUGGAUGAAGGAUUAGGAGGAUAUAAUCGUUUAAAUGAGUUGGACUUGAGUUUUAAUGAUAUUAGAGAUAUGAAUUUCUUGAGAAACAUAAUUGAUUUGAGUUGUCAUGCAUCAUAAUCAGAAAGAAAUUUUUUUUAAAUAAAUUUACAAGAAAUUUUAUAUUUAGAUUUGAGUUACAACAAUAUCAAGUAUUUUGAUCGAUUUGAAAUGCCAAAUUUUCACUUGGUUUACCCUAAAUCUUUGUCAUGACGCGUUAGAAAACACAGGAGGUUUACUGAUCGAUUUGGCUAAUGUUGGAAUAGUGGAUUUUAGUUAAAAUAAAUUAAAUACUCUGAUCGCAAAAGAUUUAGAGAAUUCGAGGAACAUAAAGAUCUUGAAUCUCUAGCACAACAAUAUUGUCUCAUUUCAAUCUGAAAUGCCCAAUAACGGCAAUAACUAUUUGUAUCAAUUAGAUUAGAUUCUAUCAGAUAGAUUGUGUACUUUGAGCAUUACUUACUCUUCUUUGUUUGAAACAAAAUGGUUUGCAAGACAUGAAUGUCGAACGAGAGUAGAAAUAUUUUCGGUGAUUCUUUAAUAUUCCAUAAUGACAAAAUAAAAAUGAUGCAUUCCCUCAACUUCAAAGGUAUCAGAUUGAAAAAACUCGACUUAUCUUCUAAAAAAAUCGAACACAUUCUUCCAUUCACUUUUGAAGGUUCAAUUUUGAACGAGUUGUGUCUCGAUCGAAACAAAAUAAUGACUCUGCACUCUUUGAGUUUUUUCGGUUUGUCUGGUUUAAACCGAUUGAAUUUAUCAUUUAAUCCUCUGACAACUAUAGAUGGUUCAGUUUUCAGUAGGGCACUAGAUCUUUCUCACUGCCUUCUGAAAAAUUUGCCUUAUGGUCUUUUCGGCGACAAAUAUGUCAGUUAAUGAAAUAUACUUAAAUCAUAAUGAUAUCGAAUCGCUAGAACUUAAAACUUUUCCAAUAUUCGAAAUUCUAGAUCUACAGCCGAACAUUUUCUCUGGUAUAAAAAUUACCACUUAUUUGAAUUUAUCUGACAAUCCGAUAAGAAGAACGUUUUCGAUAAUACAGAUAUUUAUAAUGUAACUCUUACUGGAAUAUCAUUAUCUACGUUGUCAGAAAAAGACUUAAAUGGCUUGGAUAAACUGAAUUAUUCAGAUCUGAGCGGAACUGGAAUCGAAGAUCUAGAUAAUUCCACUAGAUUCUUUUAAUCAUAAAAUGAAAUUAACGUAUCUGUACUUAACAAUACACGGUAAAAUUUGGAAGAAACGUUUUUUCAAUCUGAUAUUUUUGAAAGGAUUGCACAUAGUCCAUUCUCAAAUAACGGAGCUACAUAAGUAUAGUUUCAAGGGUUUAGUAAACCCGAAGAAGCUCAACUUCAAGAAUUCAACGAUAUUGGAAAUCGAACCUGGUGCUUUUGUAGGAUUGAGAAAUGUUGUGGAAUCUGACACGGAAAACUUAUUAGCUAAUGUUAGCUCUUUGAAAUCGAAAACGUUCAUCGGUUUAGACAGUUUAGAAUCUUUUACUUCUCCAAGGUCGGAAUGGGGAUUAUUGAAGAUGGUGCCUUCAUUGGACUCGACAGUUUUCUUAAUUUGAACCUCAGUUAUAAUAAAAUCGGAAAAUUGUCGAAGAAUGCUUUCAUGGUAUUGAAAAAACUGAAAAUAUCAGAUCUCUCCAACAAUAAUUUAACUAAAAAAGAAUCCACCUUGGAUAAACUGAAUUAUUUAGAUCUGAGCGGAACUGGAAUCGAAGAUCUAGGCACUAACACUUUCGAUCAAUUAUCUUUGAAAACCCUUCGUUUGGAUGAUAACUCAAUUCGGAUAAUACCCAGUAACUUCUUCAAUUUUAAUGAUAAGUUAGUCUCCUUAAGCAUGAUACGAAAUCCUAUUUCGAUAAUUCCACAAGAUUCUUCUAAUCAUAAAAUGAAAUUAACGUAUCUGUACUUAACAAUACACGGUAAAAUUUUGGAAAAACGUUUUUUCAAUGUGAUAUUUUUGAAAGGAUUGCACAUAGUACAUUCUCAAAUAACGGAGCUACAUAAGUAUAGUUUCAAGGGUUUAGUAAACCUGAAGAAGCUCAACUUCAAGAAUUCAACGAUAUUGGAAAUCGAACCUGGUGCUUUUGUAGGAUUGAGAAAUGUUAUGGAAUCUGACAGGGAAAACUUAUUCGCCAAUGUUAGCUCUUUGAAAUCGAAAACGUUCAUCGGUUUAGACAGUUUAGAAUCUUUCAACUUCUCCAAGGUCGGAAUGGGGAUUAUUGAAGAUGGUGCCUUCAUUGAACUCGACAGUCUUCUUAAUUUGAACCUCAGUUAUAAUCAAAUCGAAAAAUUGUCGAAGAAUGCUUUCAUGGUAUUGAAAAAACUGAAAAUAUCAGAUCUCUCCAACAAUAAUUUAACUAAAAAAGAAUCCACGUUCCCCAUUGGAACUUUUAGGGAUCUAGUAGAGUUGACCGACUUACAUCUUCAACAUAACAGAAUCAUCAAACUUCACAUUUCGACAAUUCGACACAUUCAAACACCAACCGAUGUUAAAGACGAUUGGUAUAGGCGAGAACAAGUGGCCAUGUGAGAAUAUGACCACUGAGCACAAUGAAUAUGAAUAUGACAAUACUCAGCACAUUUGAAGAAAAUGAAGUCGAUUACCGUCGAAUAAGUAAGCUGAA